AUUUAUUUAUAAGCUUACACUACUGUACAAGUAGCGGGUUUUCUUCUAAAUAUAGUCAUAGAAAUGGAUAACUUUGUUGAAGAACUGAGACAAGAAAGGUGUCUGUCCACAGGAGAAACAGAGGAUGAGUCUGCAGCCAAUGUUCUGGUCCCAGAAAUUUAUUUGCCUUUACUGCCAAAACAUUUCAACCAUCCAACAAAUAUGGCUGUGAAAUCUUCAGAAUUUCAGAAGGUGAAAGAGGAUUGUUUAUGCUGUAUCCAAGAUGCUCUCUUACAAAGUCAGUGGCAGAGGGCUGCAGAAUUAAUGAUAAGCUACUUGGAAAUGCUGGAAAAUACAACUGCAGAAAAAAGGGUGACAGCUCAAGAGGAGAUCUGGAGAAUAGGAACUGAAAUCUUGCAGCAGCAUCCACAAAGUAAUAUAGAAGAGAUCAAUCAUUUUGCAGAUCGGAUGAAAAAUUUAGGAGUCAAAAGAUAUUUAAAGAUUUCUUUAGAGCAUGCCUUCCACCUUUUAUGCAGUGGAUUUCUGGAUGAAGCCUAUCAGAAUUUGAUCUUGGCUGAAAGUUGGCGAUAUGGAGAAGAAACUGUUGCUCAGGAAAAAGAGCUGAAAUUCGUUCAAGCUUAUAAGGGAUUGAUAGGCUAUUAUAUGUGGUUAAAAAAGAAGACAGAGCUUUUGGAGCUGGAUGAAGACAGCUGUACACAAACUUCUCUUCAACAGGAAAUGCAUGGCUUGUACCAGCAGGCUAAAGUCAGCCUCAGGGAAAUAAUCAGAAUUCCUGGUGUUUGGGAUCCUUUCGUAAUUUGUUAUGUGGAUUUGCUGGAACAUUAUGAGGAGUACGAAGAAGCACAGGAAGUGUUAAGUGACUAUGCGUAUAAUUCCAAGUUUCCUUCCAACCCUAAUGCCCACGUCUACUACUACCAGUUUCUAAAGAGAAGGGGGGAAUCCAGGAAAACCCAGAUCUCUGCACUGCAGAUCCUGCAUGAGCUUGUUCCUUCCCAUGAACUAAUGCUGGAAUUUUACAACUUGCUUAGAAAAUCGAAAAAAAAGAAAAAACGUAAGUUACAGUUGAAAGUUAUUUUUGCAGCCUUGGAUUUUGCUGGAUGGAAGGAAAACGUAAAAGCUUGGAGUUAUUUGGCAAAACAGACAGUAGAAAUUCUACAAAACUCUGAUAAGCAAUUUCACUGGCUCAAAAAGGAGUGGGAUAUUCGAAGGGACUGGUGGCCGGCUUUUCAUUUCAGUCUUUAUUUGGCAAAAAGUAACUGGCAGGAAAACAAAAAGCUCACUUGUGAAAAAGUUCUGGUAGCUGGAAUACUGUUGGGAAAAGACUGCAAGUACUUUAAGUAUGUCACAAAAGAAGCUUGCAAAGUUCAGAAGAAAAAGUUCCGACAGUUGAAGAAAUUUGUGAAGAAACACAGCUGGGUCAGUUUAAGAUUGGCUGCUACGUGAUUACUUAGUGUCAAAUCUCUUGAUUUUUCAAGGGCGUUAGAUGAUUUGGAUGUCCUGUAUACACAAGUCAUCCUGACAAGCAAUUAUUGUAAAAUUCAGGUAGUUCUCGAGAUGUGAUCGGUCACCUAAGGGCUAUUUGAAGUUA